GGCAGCAAAUCUCCGGAUGGGGGCCACCCCUCACGCUGCGGGUCUCACACGCUCCCCCACCGUCAAGCACCGUGAGCUGCCCACCAUCAGCCUGACCAAGUCCUCCAGCACCCCCAAGUCUGCCUCUGACACCACCCACCUCUCCCCCAAGUCAGCUGAGUCCCACCACAGCCCCCACCACAGCCCACGCAGGACCAGCCCCACGCCACACGAGGUUGACACGGCCAGUGAAGUGGAGGAGUUGGACAUCGAUGUGUCCCCAGCGCCUUACACAGCUCUCAGGGGAGCCGCCCAGCUACAGGUCUUCAUUGCCAGAUACAGCUAUAACCCUUAUGAUGGUCCUAAUGAUAACCCAGAGGUGGAGCUGCCACUCACCGCCGGGGAGUACAUCUAUGUUUAUGGCGGUAUGGAUGACGAUGGCUUCUAUGAAGGAGAGCUGAUGGACGGGCGGAGAGGGCUGGUCCCCUCCAACUUUGUGGAGCGCGUCUCAGACGACGACAUGAUAAGCGCCCACGUACCAGAAGGCACGGAUAUAUCCCACAACUCCCUGCUAGACAGCAGCCUGCACAGCGCCAACCUCCUUUCCCCAGCCCCCCUCACCAACGGCCUGGAUCUGGACCUAGAGGUGGGGUUGGGCACUGUGCCUUACCCGCGCAAGCUCACCCUCAUCAAGCAGCUGGCCAAGAGCAUCAUCAUCAGCUGGGACGGGCCGCUGGUGCCGGCGGGCUGGGGAAACGUGUGGAGCUACAAUGUGUACGUGGACCAGGAGCUGAGGCUCAACGUGCCCUUCGGCUCCCAGACUAAAGCUGUCCUAGAGAGACUAGACGUCACCCUCAAGGCCUACCGGGUGUCUGUGCAGAGCCUGACGGAGCGCGGCAGCUCAGACCAGCUCCGUUGCUCGUUACUGGUGGGUAGGGACGUGUGUGUGGCGCCUACCCAGCUCAGAGUCGACCGGGUCACCGCCACCUCGGCCAGCCUGGCCUGGCUGCCUAGCAACAGUAACUAUGUGCAUGUCGUGUCCUUGAACGAGGAGGAGAUGGAGCUGGUGAAGGCUGGCAGCUACUCACUGUGCCUCAGUAACCUCACGCCCAGCCUUCAGUACACAGUCAAGGUGGAGGCUCAGCCACACCAAACCCCCUGGGAGAUUCCCCAGGAGAGACGGGAACACAAGACCGCCACCACCACCUUCACCACGUUGGCUGCAGGUACGUGUUGCGAGACAGGGGAGAGAGAUACUGGAGAUCAGAGGCCCCCAGACGCUCCUCUGGACGUGCAGCUGGAGCAGGGGCCCUCCCCGGGAAUCGCCCUCAUCAGCUGGCUGCCUGUCACCAUCGAUGCUGCUGGGACCUCCAACGGGGUCCGCGUCACCGGAUACACAAUCUACGCUGACAAGAAAAAGGUGUUGGAGGUGUCGUCCCCCACGGCGGGCAGUGCCCUGAUGGGCCCGUCUCAGAUCCAGUCCCUGAUGGCAGCCCACGAGCUCACUGUGCGCACCAUGUCUGCCCAUGGGGAGUCCAUCGACUCUGUGCCAGUCAACGUGCCCGCCAAGUUGUCUGACAUCAUGACCGGCCAGGCUUCGGCCGCCUCCUGCUCCUCGUCUACCCCGUUCGUCAGUCAACACCUGUCCACCAGUCGCCACCCUACCAGUCACCCCCUGUUCACCAGUCACCCCCCGUUCACCAGUCACCCCCCGUUCACCAGUCACCCCCCGUUCACCAGUCACCCCCUGUUCACCAUCGCCACCCUACCAGUCACCCCCCGUUCACCAGUCACCCCCGUUCGUCAGUCACCCCCCGUUCGUCAGUCAACCCUUGUUCACCAGUCACCUCCCUACCAGUCACCCCCAGUGCAUCAGUUAACUCCUGUCCACCAGUCACCCCCUGUCCACCAGUCGUCACCCUACCAGUCACCACCCUACCAGUCGCCCCCCUUCCUGUCUUCGUCACCACCCGUCCAGCCCCAAUCCCCAUCUUACGGGAACUCAGCUGCCAAAGUCUCCAUGCUGCCCUACGCCACUGCCUCGUCGCCACUAGACGUCGCACACACCAUGGGCCCUAACGGGGGCUGCCCUCUGCCAACUCUCCCCAGUCCACGCCCUCCACACAGAGGCCUGCUCCCCACACCCUGCCUCGUACGCAGAGGUCUGGGCUAA